ACAUAACACUUUUCGACGGUCAUUCUUUAUUCGUUCAACGGUAAAGUGACAAAUAGUUCGUCGUUCAGAUAGAAAUUUUAUUUCGUUGAUGAUGGUCGAAUAUCUUGUAAAUAAUUGACUUUCGUGCUGCUGCUCGAAUUUACUUUUGUAAUUGAACAUUGAUUCUGUUCUGUCUUUGUCGAGCCGGCGGAAGCGAAAUAAUUGUCCAAGAUGGAUUGGAAGCUUGUUGUACGAUCAGAGUACAGAAGACUGCAGCAAGAAAGACAGAUCCAAAUUUCCAAUGUAUGGAAAGAAAAUAGACUGCUCCUUCAGAAUUCAACCGAUGCGACGAGUGGGCGUUGUCAUUGGAGAGUGCAAAAUAGUGACCCAUUGCAAUUGAGCAAAGGACCAAGGAUUGGUGCCAAUUUCUUCGUGAAAAAGCAACCCAAUUUACAAGUGAUUUGGAAACAUUUAUUGCCGGUUGUUGAUCGCCCACCACAAAAUAUCACAUGGCUGCCGAUACCUCGUAAUAUACCAAUGAAAACGUUGCAGAGCAAAACCUACGUACCAUUCCUGGGAAAUGAAGCCGUCGAUAGUGGGCUUGUAGACGAAUUGAUGAAUUUAACCGAAUGCGACAGCGACGACGAAGCAAAGAGUAUUAUGGAGGAUGAGUUGUUUGUUAACCUGGUUGAAGCGUUGAUUCAAAUUCGUCAACGUCAUACGGGCAUAGUCACAUCAUUAGUCGUACCUGAUCCAAUCAUCUUUCAGCGCAUGUGUGAAUACUUUACUGGGUUAAACAACGCAGAUUACUUAUGUGAAAAGUAUGAAAAGCUUACGAAACGUGCACCGUGCAGGCCGAAUAUUGAUGAACCAAUGAAAGAUGGCCUGUGCCGUAAUGCAGCUCUGACUUCAUUUUACAAAUUAUUUUGUCGUAAAUGCUGUAUCUACAGUUGUCCAUUUCAUUGUCACGAGAAUAAUGAGUUUAUUCCGAAACCAAAAACUGGCGACGUCGCAUGGUUGAAACCGUUCGACCGACCGUGCUCGAAUCUAUGUUACAUGGUGGAGAAUUCAGGACAUGAGAAUCGAGAAGAACAAUCUUCUAGUGAAGAUGGGGAAGCGAGUAAAUGGUCUGGUUCGGAAUUGACGAUGCUGACUGCCUUAGUAACGGUUUUUCCAAACAAUUUUUGUGCCAUCGCUGAAAUCAUUCGUAGUAAAAGCUGCAAAGAGGUACCCACCAUACCUGUUCUAACUUUAUCAGUCCUAAGUCUUCGGAACACAGUACACCGACAAUUCAAAUUGGCUAAUAACGUUAAGCCCAUCCGUACCAAGAAAAGUAAAGUCAUCAAUCGAGGAUGGCGUACGCAAGACAUCGAGAAAGUAUACAAACCAUGCAACCACGAAGGACUCUGCACUGACUCAGAAAAUUGUGCGUGUAUCAACUGCGAAAAGUUCUGUAACUGUGCCGCGGACUGCAAAUAUCGAACGCGAAUGACGUGCAAUUGUAAGAAAUUCUGUGCAACCCAAUCAUGUCUCUGCAUUAAAUUGUUUCGUGAAUGCGAUCCGGAUACGUGCACCUGUGUAUCUUGCCAGAACGUUAAUCUUCAGCGAAACCUCGAUAAGAAAAUGCACGUUGCCUCAUCGGAUAUACAUGGUUGGGGUCUCUUUGUUGAUGAGGACUGUCAGAAAGGUGACUAUAUCACGGAAUACAAAGGUGAAAUCAUUUCCACUGAAGAAGCGGACCGACGGGCCAAAUUGUAUACGAAAGAAAAUUCCACGUACAUGUUUACGCUGAAUGAAGAGUUUGUCGUUGAUGCAAUGAACUACGGGGGAAAAUUCCGAUUCGCUAAUUUUUCACGUGAUCCAAAUUGCAGAUCGAAAAUUCUUCGGGUCAAUGGUGAUCAUCGGAUUGGCAUAUACGCUCAGAGAUUUAUUAAAGCUGGCGAAGAGCUUACGUUGGAUUAUCUUACAAUAGAUCCAACACUUAAUCAGUAAUCGAAAAAGUGUUCGUUUUUGUUGUAUUUUGUAUAAUUUAAUGGCCGUUUUGUUUAAAAUAAAUAAAUAGUUUUCUUUUGUAACGACAACGUUGA